AUGGCCGAGUUCCAGAAAGAGUCCCUCACGUUAGAGGAGACGAACCGUGUGCGUAUCUCGCUGGGUUUGAAGCCCCUUGAGGCAGAUCCGCCCACGGACGCGUCCCAGACCGAGGAGGACCAGGCGCCUGCAUCCAAGUCGCAAGCUGAACAGGACAAGGAAGCGUUGGCGAAUUAUACGGCGCAGCGCCAAGCUGCUGAAGCCCAGGCUCAAGAAGUGGCGAUCCAGGAACGGCUGGCCAAGGCAAAAAAUCGCCGGGAUCUCGCGCGGCAAUUGCGCGGCCCCACACUGGGCGACGCUACCGAGACGGCAGCCUCGACGAGCGCGCGUGACUGGGUCAAAGCAGCGCGGAAACGUGCGCAGGAAAAUGCAGAUCGGCGGCUGCGGGAGCAAGAAGAGCUGGAACAGCAAGCAGCGCAGCAGCGUGAUUAUAGUGCGUCUGACUUGCAGGGUCUUCGCGUGGCACAUGACUUGGACGAGUUGGCGGAAGGCGCAGAGGAGCGAAUCCUUACGCUGCGGGAUGCCGAUGUGCUAGGCGAGGACGAAGAUGAGCUCAUUGAAGCAGGUCUGGAUGCUGCAGCGCGUGAUCGUGAAAAGCGCGAGCGAGCGAGAAAGCCCAAGGCGUACACGGGUUUGGACGACGACGAGUUUCUUGACGGUCCCUCGCGUGGCGUCCUGGACAAGUACGAUCAUGUGGAAGGACUCGAUGCACGUGGAAGCUCUGCCUCGUCGACGACCGGUGGUUUCCGUCUAGGGGAUGUUGCGUCAGUUGAAGCUAUGGACGCUCGUUCACAUGCGCGUCAGGAAGCACAACGUCUGGCGGAAGCGCGCGAAAAGCAGAAGACGCACUUGGACUAUGAGAAGAAUCUGCCCGUGUCGGACUACGAUGUAUCGUUCAAAAAGAAGAAAUCCAAGAAAAAGCGCGCUACGCGCAUCAAAGUGGAAGAAGACGAGGACGUUGAGCUUCCUUCCACGGAGGCCAUGGCCGUGGAUGCGCCCGCUGCGCCGCCUGCGCGUGCAGCUGUCGAGACGCUGAUUGAUGAUGACGAGCUGGCAGCGAGUCUUGCCCGGACGCGGCGUCAGCGAGCCAAGCAGUCGUUUGCCAAGACGACCCCCGCUAUGAUUGCUCGUCAUCUCGCUGCACAACGGGAAGCGGAGGCAGCCGUCUCUUCGUCACAUACCCAUCCUGACGGCGCCGACGAAGAGGGUCUUACGUUUGAUGAGACCUCCGAAUUUGUACGUCAAAUUGUUCAACGACCGCCGCAGGAGGAAGCCGUAGCGGCAGAGAUCUCUACUACGAUGCCCACGAAGGCGUCCACGGACGUUCCCCUUCCUGCUGUGCAGGGUAUGGACGAGGAGGAGGCUGCGGCGUUGAAUGCGGCAGCGACCACCAUGCCGUCGACGGCGACCGCUGAGCCGCUGCUAGGAUCUGCCCCUACGUCGCCGCCUGGACAAGCAGAGGACGACAACGACAACGACAACAACAGCAACAACGAGGACGAGGAGGCUAUGCCUGCACCCAAUCUCCAUUCAGGCGGCGUUGCAGGAGCGCUGAGCAUGUUGCGUAGCCAAGGCUUGCUGGAAACCGUCUCGGCAGAGCAGUUGGCUCAGGAGCAAACACAGAAACAGUACGAUGCAUGGCUUCGUGCGCGACGGAAGGAAGAACAGCGCCAUGCACGCGAAGCAUCGCACUUGCAUGGCGCUGCUGCCCAUGCGCAUGAGCGUGAUACGCGCCAGCGCGAAUGGGACGAAGCUCAGGCGGCGAUGGAUCGGUUUAAGGAUUACAAGCCCGAUGUGAAAAUCGAGUAUCAUGACGAAUUUGGACGUACGUUGACGACCAAGGAGGCAUGGAAACGUCUUUCGCAUACCUUCCAUGGCAAUGCGCCUGGCCACAAGGCGCAGGAAAAGCGGUUGCGGCGUAUUGCCGAGGAACAGCGACGUGAGCGCAUGCUGGCCGGCGAUACAGGUGCCCUGACACGAGCCUUCCAAGCCCGAUCGGAACGGACAGGUCAGGCUCAUAUGGUGCUCAGUGUUGGCCAAAAAGACCAUGCGCCGCAGGACAUCGAUCUCGGCGCGCCGCCUGCCCUAGAAAAGGCGCCGCCUGCCCGACCAGCCAAGCCGAAAGGCCCCCCGGCCGAUUGGCAGGCGCCUCCGCCCGCCGAGUCUAUGCCUCCGGCGGCCGAGGCUGUGACAGCCACGACGACGACGACCCCCUCGCCACCGCCUGCGACGGAACCUGUGCCGCCUCCGAAGCCUGGCUUCAAGCCAGCGAUGAAACCUGCCUUUGCGCCUGUCGCUUCUACGCCCGCGCCUUCGUCGACCACGACGUCUGCGCCGCGCGACAAAGUCCGCAUUUCGCUCGGCAAACGCAAGGCGGACUAA